GGUCUGCUGCCCUGGAUUUUCUGACCCAGAUCCACUGCUCGUGUCUGCGGCAGCAUUCAUCUUCAUCGCCGCGGCCAGCAGCAGAAGCACAAACACUGCCAAUUUCCUCAUUGCUGUCCCUUUCUGUGGAUUGUGUCUCACCGAGUCCGACAGAAACCAAACUGCAGGGUGCAGAGACUGAAAAAACACCACUCCUUUUGAAAAGCUUUUCAAGCUUUCCACUCCCCCUCCGGCUUGUCACUGCAGGCUGCAUGAAUACCUGACUGAUUUAGUGAUUGUGUUCAAAGUCCUGUAAUCACAUGUGACCUCUGUCCUCAAUACCUUGUGCAGGCCAUUGAUAAGUGUUGUUCACUCACUGAAAUUGAACAGAAAUGAAAACAAAGGGCAUAAAUACACAGAUAACGUGUAAUGCUGGGAGGAACCUUCAAAAAUUCCCUCCAGAAGUGACAAUCGAAUAUAUAUUUUUUUUAAUUUGUCACAGGAAACUCUGCAGCGGCUGCUUGGUUGUGGAAAAACCAGUUUGGGCUCCCAUGUCACUGCGUUGAGAGGAUUUAGCUCCGGUUUGUGCUGGAAGCUGUCAAUCAGAUCUGGCAACCCUCGACUUCCGCGACGUCACUACGUCAGCACGUAAACGCGGGAAUUUGAGCGCGAGCCCAACACAGUGAAAUAUGAAGGUUUAAAAACGACCCAAGUGGCUGCUUGGCUUCUUCCCCGGUGGCUUUAGCGCGAACCGGAGCGCCGCGUUAAAGUUGUGGCGGCGAGACAACCGAUCCGACGCAUUUGAGUAUUGUCUGAAGUAAAAAAAAAAAAAAAAAACCCCAAUGAAUCUUCGAAGCUCUUUCAAGCGCCAAAACAGCACGCGGAGCAGCCCUCAGAGUAGCUCCUCAGAUGAAGAGGUGCUCCAGCAAAGACUGAGAGGUUGUAAACGGGCGACGUCCAAACCCGAAGCUGCUGACAGUGCCAUCGAUACAACCAAGGAGGAGGAGUGUGACCUCCUAGACCUCAUCUCCAGGGCUGCUGGUGUCGGGCACAAUGCCGAGGAUGCAGGAGGCGUGGCUGGAACAGUGUCUGACAGCGGACUGCAGGAGUCGGAUGAAGACAGCGCCUCAACCUGCAGCAGCAUCGCUUCCGGACCUUCAGUUCUCAACUCGGCCACCCCUAAGAUGCUCUGCCCAGGAUGUGUGAUGCUCUAUAGGAACGCAGUGACGGACAAAACACCGAUCAAAGAAAAACCGCUCGACAACGAUCCUACGUCUUUGACAUGUGACCAGUGGGUUCUGCUGAAGAAAUGGAUGCCCAGAAGGGGAUCUAACCUAAGGCGGAAGUCUCUGAGUCAGCUUCAGUUUGACAAACAUGUGGACGUGGAGGAAUCACCUGGCUGCUGGAGGCCGCAUCCUUUCCUCCAGAGGAAUCUCCGAUGUGUCACAAAGUCGUCAAACAAACCCAGCGGGAAGAAGAGCAGGAAGAAAAGGACAAGAAAAGACUCUCCUGAGCUUUAUUCUGCGAAACAGCAGCGUCUCAGCGGUGAAAACGGCCGGCAGCGUGGCGGCAUCAGCCACACAGAGGUGCUCUGCAACACCAGCCAAGACCUGGACGGCGAGGCAGAAGCAGGCCUGAGUGAGGGAGUUACCCCCUGCUCGUCUGUAACCAUGGAAACCAGCGAGCCGACAGCAGAACGGCCCGAGUUGAACCUGCACCAAAAGGCCAGAGGGUUCAGAAACCUGCUGCUUCAGUUACGAGGCAGCAUGAUCGUCAAGGAGACACAUUCGUGGUGUAACUGAAGACUCUCUCCCUCAUUAGUCCCCUGAAUCAGAGCACUAAUGACAUUUUCAUUUCAUGUUUUAUUUUGUUGCUGUGAUGUUGCCAGAGUUUCUCUCUUUUCUCCAUUCUUCUGCACUUUCUUGAU